CCCGGUUCAGAUUUGUGACGGCUCCUCUAUAAAUCCGGUUCAAACCCGGUUCAGAUUCGCUAAAGGUUCUGCCGUUCUGAUAGGGUUUUGUGUCUUCUCACUCGUCUCUGUACGCUUCGGGUUUGAAUUUUCCACCCUUCAAUCAGUUUCCCUGUCAUAGGGCUCACUCGUUUAAUCGUGGCGCUUUAAUCGUUAAUUGCUGUCUGCUGCCUUUUCAUUUGCUGAGAGUCUCUGUAAGAACAUUCGGCAUGACCAUGAGGUGGUUCUUGAGCAAGCACACGCUCACCCGCAUAUCGAAUAUUAAUGGUAGGGUAUUGUCUUCGCUGUCCUCUGGUUACAGAUCCAAUUCAGCUGCUGACGUCUCCAAACCCUAUUUAUUUCACCCGACGAGAGCUCGUCACGCCUCAUCUCUCGUCGAUGGUCCUAAAAGCCCUAGCUUUGACAAAUCGUUCGGUGGGUUUGGUCACACUUCGCAGCAAGCCAAUCUGGGUGGCUCGUCGAAAGGUUUGGAAGCCGAAUCAGAGAAUGAUGCCACCAUGAAUGAGUUCCUAUCUAGAUUCGUCUGGGUUAUGCGUAAAAAACUCGUCGAAGCUUAUCCUGGGUGUGACAAGGCCACAGUCGAUGGUAUGCUGGUGGUUAUUGUGGAGAGUGUUGUAUCAGAGAUGGAAAAGGGUGGCCUCGGGAAAUUGGCAGGGCCUGCUGCUUCAAUGCCAUCAGACGAUUUCAGUGAGGAUUUGUGGAGAACAGUGUGGGAAGUUAGCAGUGUGGUUCUGCAAGACAUGGAGAAAGAGAAGAAGAAAGAGAAAAUGAAGAGUUUUCUUCAGUCGGAGGAAGUCAAGGAGAUGUACAGGUUUGCUGGUGAAGUGGGCAUCCGUGGGGACAUGCUGAGGGAGCUUAGGUUCAAGUGGGCCCGCGAAAAAAUGGAGGAAAGCGAGUUUUACCAGAGCUUGGAACACCUCCGGACAGAAGAAUCACUAGCAGAAUCCCAGGAAACAAAGGAACCGAGACAAGAAAAUUUUGGCGGAGAAGAGGCUAAUGAUGCUGCAGUUGAAGGAGAAAAGAAGACUGUUUCUCUCCCGAAAAGACGUGGGAAGAUUAAGUACAAGAUUUAUGGACUUGACUUAUCAGACCCGAAAUGGUCUGAGGUGGCUGAUAAGAUUCAUGAGAGAGGUGAGAUUAUGUGGCCAAAGGGGCCAAAGCCAAUAUCUGGUAAGUGUAAGCUUGUUACUGACCAGAUUCUCAGUCUACGAGAAGAGGACGAUCCUGCUCCAUUGUUAAGCGAAUGGAUAGGUCUUCUCCAGCCUAGUAGGGUCGACUGGAUUAAUAUUCUUGAUAAAUUGAAGGAUAAUACUCCUAAUCUAUACUUUAAGAUUGCAGAACUUGUACUUGCUGAAGAAUCCUUCCAAGCUAACAUCCGUGACUUCACAAAGCUGAUUGAUGCUCUUGCUAAACAAAAUCGCUUACAAGACGCUGAAAGAAUUUUAAACAAGAUGAACAAAAACGGCAUUUUACCCGAUGUAAUCGCGUUAACAGUCCUUGUCCACAUGUACUGCAAAUCAGGAAACCUCGAUCGAGCAAAAGAAUCAUUUGACGCCUUGAGGGCCCACGGGUUUCAGCCGGAUGAGAAGGCGUGCAAUUCUAUGAUCAUGGCCUAUGUGAAUGCCGGUCAACCAAAACUGGGAGAGUCCUUGAUGAGACAACUGGAAACAAGGGAUAUGAGACCCACAAAAGAGAUAUUCAUGGCCUUGAUCAGAUCUUAUGCCCAGGCUGGCGAUGUCAACGGUGCAGAUCGAAUUUCAACCAGCAUGCAAUUUUCUGGAAUAAAUCCUGAUCUGGAAUCCUGCACAUUGCUGGUCGAGGCAUACGGACGAGCUGGCGACCCGGAACGCGCUAGGUAUAAUUUUAAUCAGAUAACAAAACUCGGACACAAGCCAGAUGACAGAUGUACGGCCAGCAUGAUAACUGCAUACGGGAAGAAGAAUCAAUUAGAUAAGGCUUUGGACCUAUUAUUGGAGCUUGAAGGACAGGGCUUUGUGCCAGGGGUGGCUACUUAUACGGUUUUGGUUGACUGGUUUAGCAAGCUGAAGCUGUUUGAAGAAGCUGAACAGAUUUUGGAUAAGAUUUCCCAACAGGGUGAGGCUCCACCGUUUAGGAUUCAUAUAAGCCUCUGUGACAUGUACAUUAAGGCGGGAGCUGAGAAGAAGUUGCUUCAAGCUCUGGGAGUUCUGGAAUCGAAAAUUGAUCAGUUGGAGCCAGAGGAUUUCGAAAGAAUUAUAGGUUCGCUUGUGGAAGGUGGUUUUGUGCAGGAUGCUCAGAGGAUACAUGGGCUGAUGGAGGCUCGGGGGUUUGUGCCGUCCAAUCAAUUGAAAAUAGCUCUGAUGGCGUCUCAAGCGGUGGGAAAGAGUAGUAAGAGGAACAAGUUCUCGCUUGGGAGGGAGAAAUGAUCUUAGGAACAGUAAAAUGAUGAUUUGUUUGCUGGGGUUGUCGUUUGUGAGUGGCGCUCUCUCCUAGUCAUUUUAGUAAGUUUUAUAGCUUUUCCUCUCUCUCUCUCUCUUUCUCUCUAUGUUUUCUUUUUCUUUUUUGAGUUUUUUGGCUGUUGUUCAGUCAAACAAGCAGUGAGCCUGAUCAGCUAUAGAAACAUGUUAAACUGGUCAGGUGCCGAUAUCUAAAGCAGUAGGUUGCUGUUUGUUGCAAUAACAUGAACUGUGUUGUAAGAAUUCUAUUUGGUAAAUUUCUGUUCAAAGAUGGUUGGCAUGCCUUGUGACGGUAUAAGUUUGGCCUUGAUUUCCAGGGGUCGAAUAAUUAAAAGACGGAAUAGGAUAAAAUUAAAAUCGGGAUAUGGUUAUUGUUUUCUGCUGUGCUGUUUGACUCUUAACAGUUUUCCGCAUUGAUCGAUACAUAGAGCUUCUUUGGAAUGUUAUUGUUGUC